AUGGAUGUACUCACAUUCCUCGCUCUCGACUUCGGACUUCGGGCGGUCACGGUUCUUACUCCCCCUGGAAGUACUGGACUUCAUAGCGCUCUGAUCUGCCUCUGGUCUCUUAUUUGCCCGGCCUAUGGGGUUAGGAGGGCGCUCAUUGCAGUCGGGUUCACGGAAGAUGGAGACAGCGAGCUUGAGGAGUCCAUUAAAAAAGCGUGGCGGCGUCUUACUGCAAGGAUUCAGCGCAAAAGUGAAAUCGACAUGGCCCUCAGGUCGGGGGCCCUGUGCAUGCUAGUGCCUUCUUCAGCCAGCAAGAGAUUAUCCCUAAACCCCCCGAAUGACCACAAAGAACCCGGACCCGAAGGGUUACCUCUGGAAACGAUUAAUCCUCUCAUGACCAGUGUUCACGGUCAGUAUCCGCCAGAUAUCAAGCCCCUGAGCCAUCAAGACCAGUCCCUAGACGAGGAGGGUGGCAAAGGAUUUGAAUACUCAUUGGUGAAAGUACCGCCGAGUUUGAAGGUCUUCCCCAUUAUAAAGGAGCAUGAUCCAGGACCACUCAUAAAGAGGAUAUGGCGUUGGGUUAGCAAUAAACCCGAGGAGCCAGUUAAACAUUUGCACAAGAAGGCAGUUCCUUUACGUCUCUCAUCCAACGAGAGGAUCGUAAAAGCUCUUUGUACGAUCUUUCAGCUCCUUUACGGUUCCUAUGAGCUCUAUAAGAUGGGUGGCGACCACCUUAAAAAAUACGGAUACGCCGCUUACGAAUUUACAAUUAUACCAUACCUCAGCAUGUCGUUGAUGAACCUACUUGUGAGUUGCGUCAGGCCUACCUACCCCACAAUGUACAUAGUUUACUAUCGAGGCACCGAAGAACAUAUACCAACGGACGGAAGAAACCCAUCAGAUAACAACCAACGGACGACAACGGAUGAGGAUCAAGGCAAACCCGCAUUGAAUCAAUUGGAGGUAGUGCCAGUGGACGAGAAGGAGGGUGCAGACGGAAACCAAAAUCUAGAUUACCUCAAGGACUGGUGGAACCCAAGCAAUAGCGAGUUCGAAGAAAAUGUCAGCGGCGCGAUUGGAUACGCGUAUGGAGAUUUGUCGGGGAAAGACGGAUCCGGACCGGGGAAGCGUCAUCAUAUCUUUAGUCUUUCCACAUGGACGAGGCGAUUCAAAGCGAAUGUAAGCUCUCCUUGCAACUCCCUCUUCAUUGCUCAAUAG